AUCUCUCGUUCUCUCAAAAGUCAGAAUCUCUCUUCCCGAGUUCCACUGUGUUGUUGUCUGCAGUGAUCAUGGCGAGUAACGAGGCAGAGCGCAAAGAGGAGGGAGAGGAAGAGGCAACAGAAGUUGCAGCCGGUGAAGACGAAGAUACAGGAGCUCAGGUUGCUCCAAUUGUUAGGCUUGAAGAAGUUGCUGUUACCACUGGAGAGGAAGAAGAAGAUGUCCUUCUCGACUUAAAAGCAAAACUUUAUCGAUUUGACAAGGAAGGGAAUCAGUGGAAAGAGAGGGGUGUUGGAACCGUGAAGCUUCUGAAGCACAAGGAAACAGGGAAAGUUAGGUUGGUUAUGCGUCAGUCUAAGACGCUCAAGAUCUGCGCCAACCAUUUAGUUCUUCCUUCGACUUCUGUACAAGAACAUGCCGGGAAUGAUAAAUCAUGCGUUUGGCACGCAACUGAUUUCUCUGACGGGGAAUUGAAAGAUGAACUCUUUUGCAUUCGGUUUCCUUCAAUUGAGAACUGCAAAACUUUCAAGGAAAUGAUAGCGGAGGUUGCUGAAUCUCAAGGAAAGAAAGAUGGAGAGAGCGAAGAAGGUACCUCUGCUGCUGGCCUGAUUGAGAAGUUGAGUGUAAGUGAAAGCAAAGAUAAGGAAGAAAAAACUGAGAAAGUUCCUGCUCCUACAGCAGAGCAUAAGGAAGAAGAAAAGGAGCAAAAGGAAGAAGAAAAGGCAAAACCAGACAGAUAA